AUGGCCGACGAUAAACCCAACUGCAAAGUUAUCCUCGCGAACAACAUCGCCAAGGGCCUUCUGGACGAAGUUCGCGAUGGUCUGAACAAGAUUCAACGCAAACCGCUCCUUGUCGGCUUUCUCUCCAGCGCUGAUCCUGCGGCGAGAGUAUACGCAGAAUGGACAGGCAAAACUUGUGUCGAAAAUGGCUUCGCAUUUGACCUCCGCGAAGUCGAUCGCGAACUUCUUGAGGACCGCCUCAUCGAAGCGAACAAUGAUCCUGCCGUUGACGGCAUAAUCGUUUACUACCCCAUCUUCGGCAACCGUCAGGACCAGUAUCUCCAGCAGAUUGUCUCUAUCGACAAGGAUGUUGAGGGACUAUCGCACCGUUACAUCUUCAACAUGUACCAGAAUAUUCGCUUCCUCGACCCUGCCAACACGAAAAAGAGUAUCUUGCCGUGCACCCCAUUGGCCGUGAUCAAGAUCCUUGAGUAUUUGAGGAUUUACAACACUAUCCUCCCGUACGGCAACAGGCUUCAUGGACGCACUAUUACCGUCAUCAACAGAAGUGAGGUCGUAGGCAGACCGUUGGCCGCACUACUGGCAAACGACGGUGCCCACGUAUACAGCGUGGAUAUUAGUGACGUGCAAGAGUUCACGCGAGGCGUUGGUCUCAGGAAGCGAAGGCACGAGGUGGUGGAGAAGCCUGGCUGGACUCUCAAUGACUGCCUCCCACUUAGCGAUGUAGUCAUCAGCGGUGUACCUGGAGACAAGUACAAAGUCCCGCUGGAGUCGAUGAGGGACGGAGCUGCAUGCAUCAACUUCUCCAGUGAGAGGAACUUUACACCAGAGGUCAAAGAAAAGGCCUCGAUCUACGUUCCUGCCAUUGGCAAGGUCACCAUUGCAGUACUUUUGAGAAACUUGUUGCGCCUCACUCAAAACAAAAUCGAUGCUGCCGCUCAGGGAGUGGAAGAGAAGUCUUCAGUGGAACCAGUCAUUCAAUCGACUGCAUAG